AUUGGUUUAUUCGCGAUUUUAUUACGUAACUCGUGGAACAUUCUUUACGCGACAUUCCUCGAUGCUAGAUCAAUCGCGAAAUGUUGAAGACCUAUGCGUGUACACGAAAUCAUGGAUAUAGAAAUUCAUCCACUUACCAGUAAUCCUACUGCAGCUUGGCAAGAAAUUUCACAGGAACAAAAAGUUAUAAAAAUCAAUGUCAAGCCUCCUACAACCGAAGCACCUGCCAAUAAGUUGAGAAUCGUUUGUAUGAGUGACACACAUUCUCUGACGCCUUACAUAAAAUUUGAUGUACCGGAGGGCGAUGUGUUCAUACAUGCCGGAGAUUUCACAAAAUGCGGCAGCCUUCAAGAAGUCAUAGAAUUUAAUAAUUGGAUAGGAAAUUUGCCGCACAAGCACAAAAUAGUGAUAGCUGGAAACCAUGAGCUGAGUUUCGAUCCUACUUUUACUCAUCCGUUUUCAACGCAAACCAGUGGCGAUAGACAAAAGCACACCGGGACCAGUAUACUCGACAACAUUCCGACUCUGGGAAUGUCCAAGGACACACUCGCCGAAGCUAUUCAAACUAGAAAUGUUAAGGAUCACCUCACUAACUGCAUUUAUUUGGAGGACUCAGAAAUUGUACUCUAUGGAAUUAAAAUAUACGGAACACCCUGGCAACCCGAAUUUUGCAAAUGGGCAUUCAACGUUCCUCGAGGAGAGGCAUGUCUGGCGAAAUGGGAUUUGAUUCCAGCAGACACGGACGUUCUUGUAACGCACACACCGCCGAUAGGACACGGGGAUCUUUGUUGCAGUGGGGUUCGAGCUGGUUGCGUUGAACUUUUGUCAAUCGUACAAAAAAGAGUGAAGCCAAAAUACCACAUAUUUGGUCACAUUCACGAGGGUUACGGAAUAUCUUCGGAUGGAAAAAUCAUCUACAUAAACGCGUCGACUUGUGAUCUCAACUAUUUACCGAGUAAUCCUCCAAUAGUCUUUGACAUUACGUUGCCCCCGGGUAUGAGUAAAUGUUGAAGCUUUGAAAUUUGUAAAUUAAGUGAAAAAAAAACGGACUGUCUAAUGGAGGAAACAAGAAUACUCGCAAUUUCGGAAGAAAAAACUCGAAGACUCAUUUCUUCAAUUGACUGACGUGCGAAACAUUUUUAUGCCAAACCCUUGCAAAAAAUAAAUUAAAUCUUGUAAAAAGUAAGGCAAAAUAGCUUUAAACCUGAGGGUCAUUUAUCAUAGUCGAUCAUUUAUUCUAGAGACGCACGCUUUAGUCGAUCGAAUUUUUUCUACUGUGCUUCAGCUAUAGAGUUAUUAAAAUUAUUAGCUAAAUAUUAUUUUUAUCUAAUGGUCAUCUCCUCUCAGAGCAAAGACGCUUUUUCAUAUGGUCGGAAAUAUUUUUGAGUAGAUAUUUUUUCGAUAGUACAAUUAAGAUUUGUUCAAAUAUUUCUAUAUGUAACACGUCUUUUAAACUGCAUUUUUAACAAAAAAGAAAAACGAAAAUCAAUAAAUUUGAAAUGCAUUAUCUAAUUUUACAAAAUUAUCUAUACUAAGUUCGUUUUUAUUACAAUUAUCACAAUUAUUUAAUGAAAAGUAAGAAUUUAUUGUGAUACGUGAAGAAUUUUUAAUGAACACGAUAUAUUUUUAUUAACUUUUGGACACAAUUGGAUAAUCCGACCUUGAAAAUAUUGAAGUCUCUCCACACAUGACAACUCGAUAAUCGAAUUAUUUCGUCAGUCAUGAUAUCGCACUUGUAAUUAGCUUCAUGUGCAAGCUACAUCGUGCCUCGAUGCUUGCGUAGUUUACCUUUUGUACCUGGUUGUUAAUGAGAAAAACAGCUCAGUCUUAAGGUUUUCUAAUUGUUCAACAGAGGUGGACAGAAAAAAAAAACAAUUGACCUAUGACGAUAGGAAAAUCAGUUUCUCAACUUGAAUUGUCAAAUCAUGUCAGCAUCCAGAAAAACAAAUUCUACUUGAAAUAUUCUUCAGAAAUGUAUUCCCGGCUGAAAUGCGUUUUUGUAGCAUGGAAAACAGAAAAAUCACUUUUAACAAAGUCUUUGUCCACCUUUGUUAGGUCGAGGGGGAACGGAGCCAUAGAAUGGAAAAAAAUAGUACGAAGAUUUGUACUUAAACGAAUGUAUUUCAUAGACUGGUGAAAAAGCCAGUUAAAAUAUUUGCGUAACAUUGUGUAAAGUUGGCUACGCGAUAUAAUAAACGAAUAUAGUGAAAAUAA